AGAAAAGUAGUAAAUUUCGAUCUAAAGAUAAUAGUUUCUUUCCACCAAGGUAUAAUAUAUCUCACUGGAUCGGUAAAUUUCAUUUGCAGCACUGCGUCUUUGUUGAAAUUGGCGAGGGCUUUUGUGCCUUAUUCGUCGAGAUGGAAAAUUUGUCUAGACCGCCGGGCAAUUCCGGAAUUGAUGAACUUUUCCUCGGGAUUUGUGACUGCGGAACGUUGCGUUCAUGGAAAUUAUGUUCAUCUGAAUUACUGAGAAUUCGACAAAAAGACUGCGUUUUCAACGAAGCCACUCCAACCUCUAACACAAGUGCUCGAGUUCACAGGAGACUUUGUGACAUUAAUCUUCUUAAAUAUCUACCAAAUUGUAAGUGUUUUCUCUCCCUUGCUGGUCGAAAGCUGCAUCAGACGGAAGUUUUGUGAAGAACUUGGGCUUUGGUCAUCAGUGAAACCAAAAGUCAUGUCCUCCUGGAGCGAAUGGUCAGAGCCGGAGUGUAACGUGUCUUGUGGUAAAGGAUCUCUUGUUUCAAGGGCAUUUUGUGAGAAAAAUGGAAUUGAUUGCAUUGGACCUGGACCAUUUUGUUGCGCCAAUACAAGAGAAUCGUGUGAAUGCAAGGUGUUUAUCGAAAAUGGAAUCAUGGAGGUAAAACGAUUUACUAUGCCUUGUACUCGUUCUAUUUCAUGUCCUAUUGUCUCGAGGCGCAGAGGCUUUCUUCCUGAAAAUCAAAUUAAGGAAAGUGAAAGUUAUGAUAUCGACGAAUAUGAGGAAUUUAAUCGAGAAAAAAUUAAUGGAAAUUUGUACGACGAUGCGGACGAUUAUGAAAUAAUGAACAAGAAUGAUAACGAGGAAUUCGAGAAGAAAAAAAGAACCGUUGAUGACGACGACUUUGAUGACAAUGACAAGGAUUAUGAUUCCGACGAUACUAAAAAUACUUCAGAUAAUAUUGAAGAUAAUGAAGAAGAGGAGAAUGAGAAAAAUAAUAAUGAUUUGACAAUGCCAGCAGUUACCACAGACGAUUAUGAAACAGUUUAUGAAGACAAAUCUAGUGGUUCUUUACCGAGGUCACGUAUUUUAUUUCCAAUUUUCGCGAAUUUCGUUAUUUUCAUUUCAUACUUUGGAUAA